AUGACUCAGGUGCCUGCUGACUACCUGUCAACCACCAGCUCCUACAACUAUGAGCCACCCCUCCCCUCCGUGGCUCGGGCCAGCACCCUCACCAAGGUCCCUCCAGCCAAAAAAAUAACCUUCUUCAAGAGUGGAGACCCUCAGUUUGCAGGAGUCAAGAUGGCCAUCAACCAGCGGAGCUUCAAGAGCUUCAACGCGCUCAUGGAUGACCUCUCCCAUCGGGUCCCGCUGCCGUUCGGGGUCCGGACCAUCACCACCCCACGAGGAAUACACUGCAUCAGUGAGCUGGACCAGCUGGAGGACGGAGGCUGCUACCUGUGCUCCGACAAGAAGUACGUGAAGCCCUUCAGCAUCACCUCUGGGGGACACAGGCCGGCCCCGCCACGGAACAGUCGCCCCUCCAGCACCAUGAGGAGAGCGGCUCAGGAGGGCAAGCUGGAAGAUUAUUCCACACCUUUCACUCACCAUGGCCCCAGAAUACCCAAGAAAAUCACUCUGGUUAAGAACGGGGAAAGUGGAUUUCGGCGCUCCAUCAUCCUGAACCGCAGAAAUGCCCGGAGUUUCAAAACGCUCCUGGAUGAGAUCACAGAGAUCCUGCAGUUCCCAGUGAAGAAGCUCUACACUGUUGAUGGGAAGAAGAUUGACAGCAUGCAGGCCCUGCUCCACUGCCCCAGCGUGCUGGUGUGUGUCGGCCGGGAGCCAUUCAAACCUAUAUCCAUGGAGAAUUUGAGGAAACACUCGGUGGAGAAGCUGCCCAACCUGCCUCCCUGCUCCAACAAUGGCAACAAUGUCAACGAGAACAAUGACAUGAACUUCGGACUGAAAGCCAAAAAAAGCGUUAUCCAUCCACGGUCAGCAUCCAGCAACAGAUCGAUGAGAUUUUCCUUGUCAUCAGAAAAGUCAUACCCCAAUGGCCUCGUGGCCUCUCCAGACAACGGGGCACCCUUCUCCAAUGGCUGCUCUCACCCAAAAGCUGGGGACCUGGUCCAGUCCUUGGUCAACGACGACAUCGAGAAGCGGGUCCAUGUGAACAAGGAUGGGAGCUUGUCCGUGGAGAUGAAGGUUCGCUUCCGUUUGCUCAAUGAUGAGACUUUGCAGUGGUCCACUCAGAUCAAGAAGUCCAACCUGAUGAACCGGCUGCCUUGUGAAGAGUCAGGAGUGGAGGAGGACGGUGGACUAGAUCCCCUACAGAAAAUGAACCCGGAAGCCAGCUCGGAAGCAGAUGAUUCCUUAUAUCCCUGUGAUAUCGAUUCCUACAUGUCCAAACUUGAGGAAUCAGAAUGUGACGAGGCCCACUGUCACAGCUGUGGAAAGAAACACCAGGACUAUGACAUUUGGAAGAACCCCAUGCACAUGUCCCAGAGGGAAGAGCCCAGCGUGCGAAGCACCUGGCACACGCGGUCGUCAUGCUCCAGCACAUCUUCCCGGAGGAGAGUAGUCCACAAAAAAAUGACAUCUGUAGAUAGCAUCCACACCACAUCCAGUGAGGAAUUCUCUGAGCACAUUGUGAGAGAGUCCUCAUCCUACUCAGAGACUAUAAAGAACAGAGUGGCGUAUCGAUCCGUUAAAAAGUGUAUGUGCCGAAGUGAUUUAUCUACCGGUGCUUCCAAUGGAGAAGAACAGCAGGAAUACACUCAGACAAGCACAGGAAACAGCCAGAGGCCUUCAUCCUUGGGCUUGAUGUCACAUUCAAGCUGUGAAAACAACCUGGACACUCAAGACACCCCUGAAGACCAGGAGAUCACCAAAAUAAUUUCACAAAAUGAGGAUGCAAAUUGUUUUGAAGCUUCCUCUGUGAAGUGCUUGAAGGAUGAGGAGGAAGAGGUUGAAAGCAGCAGAGUUGGGAGUGUCAUGUCCAGGUCAUCUCUGCAGUCCAAGCAGAGCAAGAAGAACGUGUGUGAGGAAACGAGCAGCGUGGGCAGGAGCAUGUCCUCCUCAAGCCUUCAGAAGGCAAAUCAGGGAGAAAACAGCCAGUGCUCCACCCCUGCCAACAGCGUGCACAGCAAGUCCAGUAACUGCACCACACCAAAAGAAAAGACUGAGCAGAGUGACCCCUCUGAUGACAACCCAGUGGUGUCCUCUUUCUCCAGUGAGUCCUGCCCCAAGAAAGAGACUGAAGAGGUGGAAGCAGAGCAGGAAGAAAGUGAAGUCAAUGAAGUCAGCUCAGUGUCAGCAAAAACAAAGCCAAGCCAGUCAAUCAGGGAUGAGAGCAGUGAAGGGGAACAAUGCUCUACGCAAGGAACCCACCGUUCCAAGGCUAGUGACAUGAACAGCAAGAAAAGUGGCAGGAAGCCAAAGAGAAAAAAUAUGCGUUCAACCAUGUUGAAGAAUUCCUCCAUCAGCAGCAUCGGCACCGAGUCUGUGCUGACCGCAGGAAGAGAGCAGAAAGAAAUUGUGGAUUCCUCCAAAGCAACUUCCUAUGGUUCUAAAUCCACUGCAGCCAAAGGAGAUGGUCAGAAUAAUAAAGUGACUGAUGAUUUUUGCAGCAAAAAAACAGAGGUAGAGGUAGAAGACACAAGUGUUCCGGAGGAAGGAGGUGAUUUAAUGCCAUCAGCUCUACCAAAUACAUCUCCAGAAGAAGUUGUGCAAGAAUGGCUCAGAAAAAUCCCUUCGGAAACGUUGCUUAUGAAAUACGAAAUGGAGGAUGACGGAGAGAAGGAAUGUGCAGAGUCGACCACUGAGGAGGAGGAGGAGGAGGCUGAAAAGGAUGAAGCAAAGGAUGAAGCAAAGGAUGAAGCAAAGGAUGAAGCAAAGGAUGAAGCAAAGGAUGAAGUGGAAGAAGAGAAAGCAGAAGACACAGCUAUUAUUGAAGAGGCUGAAGAAUGCGUGAACCAGGAAGAAAUCUCUGAGGUUGCACCUGAAGCUGCCGAAGCUGAGCAGGCAGAAUGCAACAAGUCAGUUACAUCCAGCCAAAAUAACAACAAGAGAGACCUGCCAACCUCUGUCCAGACGUCUGUCCAGAUCAUGAAGGCCUUGCUCAGUUCAAAGCACGAGACCAAAUUUGACCGAUCAAACAGCUUGCCUGAAGUGUCCCCCACAAUGGGGAGAAAACUGAGUAAUUCUGCUAACAUUUUGAUUUCUUGUCUUGCCAGCCUUCAACUCCUUGAUGAAGAGUCAGAGGAUCCAUCAGAAAACUCAAAACAUUUGAAUAAGUCAAGGACAGAGCUGAAAGAUGAGUUGCAAGAGGAGCCCCAAGAAGAGUCUCCAAAUGACCCUGAGCCCAAAGUCAAUACACCCACCAUUGUGGACACAUCCGUUGUCCAGCAAAACUCUGUGGAUCCAGACCCAACCUGGGUCCUGAGACUACUCAAGAAAAUCGAGAAGGAGUUCAUGACUCACUAUGUCAAUGCCAUGAAUGAGUUUAAAGUCAGGUGGAACCUGCAGGACAACCAGCAGAUGGAUGCAAUGAUACUGGAGCUGAAGGAGGAAGUGAGUAAAAGGAUACAAAAGAGCAUAGAGAAAGAGUUGAGGAAGAUCAAAAGCAGGGCUGGAAGGAGGAUGCCAAGGCCUCCAGAAGAGCCACCCACACGUGAGUCCAAACUCCAAACUGAGCAGAGGAGAUGGCGACUUCAAACGAUGCAUAAAAAGUCCCUCUUUGGAGACAAGAAUGGUGCCCAAAUGAGGCUGGAGGAGACGACAGACUUAUCAUUAGAUGUAGACAAUGACUUUAACCUUAGUGCAGCCUUGGAGGACAGCAUUAACAAACAAUCCAGUGAGGAGGAAUAUUGCCCUUGUGACUCCUGUGUGAGGAAAAAACUGGCUUCCAGGCCUGCCAGAGCCCCUGUGGUGGCCACCAAUGCCCCAGUCAUGAAAGCCUUUGAUUUGCAGAAAAUCCUGAGGCUGAAGAAAGAUGACAAUGAGGAAGCCAUUGUCGCAGAAGCAGCCCAGGACACCAAAACACUUCCCAAUGGUUCUGUGGAGGAAGGGGCAGAAAACGAGGAGAAGGAUGAGGAGCAACCUCAGACAGGUGAAAGAGAAGCGGAGGAUGAUGAAGGAAAAGAGCCAGAAUUAAAUGAAGAUGAUGGUGCAACGUUGAAUGGAGAUGGAGAAGAACCUGAAGUAGCAGAUAGUCAAAACGCUGAGGUGGAGGAUGAGGCCAGAAUUGAAGAAACCAAAGAAGAAGCAGAAGAAGGAGAGGAAGAAACACAAGAAGGAGAAGAAGAGAAAGAGGAAGAAGAAAUGGCCAAGGCUGAAGAGGAGGAAAUAAAAGAGAAGGAUGGUGAAACUAAUGAAGAUGAGGAAGUAAAAGAGGAAGAAGCAGAAGAAACUAAGGAGGAAGAAGAACUAAAUGAGGAGGAAGAGAAGGAAGAAGAAGAGGGAGUGAAGGAGGAAGAAGAAACAAAGGAGGAAGAAGGGAAGGAGGAAGAGGAAGAAGUAAAGGAAGAAGAAGAAGGGAAAGAGGAAGAGGAAGGGAAGGAAGGAGAGGAGGAAGCAAAAGAGGAGGAGGAGGAAGCAAAAGAGGAAGAGGAAGAAGCAAAUGAGGAGGAGGAGGAAGAGGCCAAAGAGGAGGAGGAAGCAAAAGAGGAAGAAGCAAAUGAGGAGGAGGAAAAAGAAGAGAAGGAGGAAGCAAAAGAGGAGCAGGAAGAAAAAGAGGAAGAGGAAGAAGCCAAAGAGGAGGAGGAAGAAGCAAAAGAGGAACUGGAGGAAGAAAAAGUGGAGGAAGAAGAAGCAAAAGAGGAGGAGGAAGAAGCAAAAGAAGAGGAGGAGGAUGAAGGGGAGGAGGAAGAAGCAAAAGAAGAGGAAGAUGUAAAAGAGGAGGAAGCAGAAGAGGAGGAGGAAGAGAAAAAAGAGGAAGAAGAAACAAAAGAGGAGGAAGGGAAGGAGGAAGAAGAAGGAACAGAGGGUGAUGAGGAAGCAAAGGAAGAUGAGGGUCAAACAAAAGAGGAGCAGGGAGUGGAAGAGAAAGAAAACCCAAAAGAGGAGGAGGAAGAAGCAAAAGAAGAAGAAGAGGGAGAAAAAGAGGAAGAAGAAAUAAAGGAGGAGGAGGAGGAAAAAGGGGAAGAGGAAGAACAAGAGGAAGAAGCUCAAAAUGAAGAGCAAGAAGCUGAAGAAAAGUCCGAAGGUGAAGGUGAAAAUGAAGCUGAAGAAGCAGAGGAGCCAGAGGAUGAGGAAGUUGUGGCUGAUGAUGAGGCAGAGACAUCAGAAUGCAGAGGAGAUGCUGAGGGCUCUGGAACUGACAACAAUCCUGAAGGAGAUGCUGUGGAAGGAAAUGAAGAAGCUGAGCAAGAUGAAGCUGAGGCAGAAGAAGACGCAAAACCAGAGUCAGGAGAUGAGGCUGAGGAGAAAAACAGUGAAGAAGAUGAGAAACCUGAUGAGAAUGGUGAGGAACCCACUGGUGAUGACCCUGACAAGGCACAUGAAAAACACGAAGACCAAGGCACCAGCAAAGUUUCUGAGAAAGCUUCAAAGACCAAAGGCAGGAGAACCAGCAAAAGGUUAGAAACUCUGAAAAAAUCCACAGCCUUUUCUUGUUAUUCUUCUGUUGGAAACUUCUCACAGCAAUCCCAGAAGGGGUCUGAUGAUGAAGAGGAAAGAGUAGAUGAAGAAGAAGUAGUCGAAGAGGAAGGAAUAGUUGAAGAGGAAGCAGUAGCUGAAGAGGAAUGCAAAGGUGAUGAUAGCCCUGCUAGCGACCACCCCAAUGGAGAGGUUCGAAGUGAUGAGAGCUCCAAGCCCUCCCAGAUGUAUCCUGACAGUGAGGAAGAGGAAGAGGACAAAGAAUCUUCGGGUUCUGAUCCUGUGGGAGAUGAGGAGCAGCCAGAUACUGAAGGUGCAGAGCCAAAGGAGGCUGAAAACACUGAGGAAGUUCAGUCUUCUAAAAAGAAAGAAAACUCUGAUGAGAUUGACCAGGAUGACCUGGACUUCUAG